CUGUCGCGCGCAUUUAUCUGUUGGAAGCGUCAAAGGCGAUCAUCCCCUAGCCGUCGAGCAAACCACGGCUCGCAUCUUCCCCCGCUUCUCCUCUCCCGCUACUCUUUCUACGCUCUCUGCCUCUUCUUCUUCUUACUCUCUCGUGCAGUGUGCGCGCUCGCUCUCUCUCUCUCGUUCGUUCGCUCUCUCUCUGCACGAGGCUCAGCGCUCUCUCGCCAUCCCAUCCAUCGCAGAUACUUCUCGGCGGCGGCUUCUUCACUCCGCCCGCACUUAACGGGGCGAGCGUCGGACUCGGUUAACCCAUCGACAAAAAACGGGGAGAGGGGGGGAGGGCCAUUAUUAGAUAGGCAAUAGGAAUAUAUUAUUUUUAAUUUUUGUUUACUUACUGUUAUUCGGUUUGUUGCAACAACAACAAAAACUAUUCUGCGAACGGAGGCUGCCUUCUUUAUUUCCGUUGUCCCGUUCUCUCGUCUCUCCUCCGCGUCUUUCUCACCAUCUCCUCCGCGCUCUCGUCGCGAAUUCAUAGCAAAUCAUCGUCGUCGUUAUUGUUGUUUACUAUUCUCAAGUUAUUAUAUAUAUUUUUUUAGAAUCGAUCUUCAUUCGUAGUUGUUGUUUUUGUUUGCGAACGCGCUCAACGGACGUUUGCGCGUCUCCGUAACGACAGAAGUUGUAUUCUUAUUAUUAUUUAGAGAUAUAAAGAAGGUGCUGGUGGGGGGGGAGGGGAGAGGGUGAAGCGUUAGAGAGAUCGCGAGAACAACACCGCGGCGGUGUAAAGUCGGCGUAGUUGAUGAAGAAGCCGCGAGAGGGAACUUACCGAAGCGUCGACUUAAAGUGACUGCGAGACGCCGCGGUCUCUCUUCCUUCUCGCACCGCUCCGAAGGUAGCGGAUAGCCUCAAAGCGACAGCUCUCGUAUCUCCCCCCCCUCUCCACCCACCUCCCGUCCUCUCUCUCUCCCUCCACUCUCCUCUCCCGUCUGUUCGCAUCGACGGAAGGUUCAAACAGAAGAUAUAUAUCGAGUGCGCGGCGCACGACACGCAGCCAGCCAGCAUCGACAGCCAGCGAACGAACCGCACGACCAUAAGAGACACCCCCCCCCGCCGCCCGCCCCUUACGCACCACACGCACGCGAACGCUGCAGACACUCACACGCGCUCACACGCCAGCACACACACACACUCACGCUGCUCUCUCGCCACAGCACACACACACCCACCCACGACGCAGCGCACACGCCAGCACCCGCACUCACUCGGGCUUCUCCCGAGCGGCGCCGAUCGAGCGCCACCGCACGCGAUGCUUCUCGAGGCGGCGCCCCAGUACCCGUCCUUGGGUCUGGGCUUCGGGCCGGCGUCCGUGCGCCAUUACGCAGCUGCGUCCGGCGAGUCGUGCGAGCGCGACUCGGCGGCGAUGGACGGCUACGGAGACACCGCGGCGCUCAAGCUGGGCUCGGAGCUCGGCGCCGGGCAGCCGUCGGCGUUCGUGUCGCAAGCGUCGGCCGGCUACUCCGCGGCCAUCGGCGCUCACGGACCCCACGCGCACCCGGCGCCUGUGGGCUCGUACGGAGCGGCCGCGGCGGCUGCCGCUGCGGGCUUCGGCGCCUCGGCCGCCAAUCGCUCCGACUUUCUCUUCCGCAACUGCGGCUUUGGAGACGCGGCUGCCGCGGCGGCUGCGGCGGGCGGUCCCGCUCAGCACGGCGUCUUCGCCCCCACGGGCAGCUUCUCCGGGCAGCAGGCUCUGGACGCCGCCGCGGCCGCAGCCGGACACCUCCUCUUCCCGGGACUGCACGAGCAAGCGAGCGCGGCUCAGCAUCCCCACCACCCGCACCACCACCCGCACCACCACCACCACCCGCACCACCACCCGCACCACCACGCGCACCACCACUCCUCGAACGCGCACUUGCUCGGCGGGCAACUGCGCCUCGGCCUCGCCAAUGACUCCUACGGACGGGCCGAUCGCUUCGGACAAGUGUCCGGCGGACGAGGAGACCCCUACGCGGCUGCGGCUGGGGCGCCGCUGCACGGCUACGUGAAUAUGGCCGCGCAUCAUCACCACCAUCAUCAUCACCCGGCGGCCGGAGCGGGCGCCUUCUUCCGCUACCUGCGCCCACAGCUAAAGCAGGAGCUCGUGUGCAAGUGGAUAGAGCCGGAGCUGGUGAAGAAGCAGCCCUGCAACCGCGUGUUCAGCACCAUGCACGAGCUGGUGACGCACCUGAGCGUGGAGCACGUGGGUGGGCCCGAGCAGGCCAACCACGUGUGCCACUGGGACGAGUGUCCCCGCGAGGGGAAGCCCUUCAAGGCCAAGUACAAGCUGGUGAACCACAUCAGGGUGCACACGGGCGAGAAGCCCUUCCCGUGCCCCUUCCCCGCCUGCGGCAAGGUGUUCGCUCGCUCCGAAAACCUCAAGAUCCACAAGAGGACGCACACAGGCGAGAAGCCGUUCAAGUGCGAGUUCGAGGGCUGCGACCGCCGCUUCGCCAACAGCAGCGACCGCAAGAAGCACAUGCACGUGCACACGUCGGACAAGCCCUACUUCUGCAAAGUGUGCGACAAGUCGUACACGCACCCCAGCUCUCUGCGCAAGCACCUCAAGGUUCACGAAUCAACCCCGCAGGGCUCGCAACCUUCCCCAGCCACCAGCUCGGGCUACGAGUCAUCCACGCCGCCCUCCCUCGUCUCCCCCGCCGGCGGCGAAGGGGCCGCCGCCGCAAACGCCGGGGUGCAGCAGCAGCAGCAGCAGCAACCUCCAGGGGCAGUCGUGGGGGGAGGAGGAGGUGGUGGAGGAGGGGGGCCGCCCCCCUCCCACCAGUCGUCGCAGCCCACCCAGGUCCCUGGCUCCCACACGGGCGUACCCCCUUGUCCCGCCACCCCCUUCUUUUCGGCCAACUUUAGCGAGUGGUACGUCUGAUCCCGACGCCGCCGACGCCGCCGCCCAACGGGAGAGAGAGCGAGGGAGACGCGGAGGCUCGCGGGCACCCGGCAUCGCUUGCCGUGGGGUUGGCCCCGAGGCACCAACCCGCUGUUCCCCUGUUCCGCUUCGCUCCGGCUUUCUUUUCUCUCCUUCAUAACCAUCACCCCCCCCCCCAUCACGCUCCUCCGCCAUCCCCCCCCGUUUCUCCUUCCCUACCCCCGAUAUUUGCUUUAACAAGGGCUCUGGGAAUUGGACUGGGAACGCGCACGUAAUGAUCAUUUGCAAACAUGCCCGGCGCACUGCAAUUACCGCUACUAAGGCUGCCUCCUGCCUGAUUACGUUUGCAAUGAGUCCUUCGCCGCAGUUGUUGCGAUUACUAUUAUGAUUUUUCAUUUUACGAGCCAAGUGAGAGAGAGAUAUUGGGGAGAGAGAGAGAGAGACGCGGUAGGAGGAGAAAACGGGGAGGGGGGCAAGCACGCCGUCGGGCAGUGAUGCGGUGCGCAAUGGGGUUGUGGGCAAGGAUGGUGGCACAGUGGCGGUGAUUAAACGAAGAAAUUCAUCUCUGCCAACCCAUCAUACCCCCCCCCCCCUCUCUCCAAACUCAUCCGCUCAACUUCAUGAGCCCCCCCUCCCUGCCCCCGAAUUUUCACCACCACCCCCAACACCCUCACCACCUCUCUCCCUUCACACGGAACACUGGAACGUAUUAAUUUAAUUGACUGGAGUAUUUAUUUUUUCGAGUGUACAUAACUGUGCUGUAAAUUGUCCGCGAUGGGCAUAACGCCCUAUAUACUAUUGCAGUGACACUAUUUGUUUGUCGUACUAAGGAUUGUUUUCUUUUUAUUUGGGUUGGGGGGUGGGGGGCGGAGAUGGUUUAAUUUGACGUUUAGAGGGUGCAGAGUUUGAUUUCAAACGUCGUUAAUGUCGCUGUUGUGUGUCGCUGUCGAUUGUUGAUGUUGCUGUUGAUGUUCAUGUUGCUAUAAUAAUUAUUAAUAUUAUUUUCACGUGCGGAUGUGAAUAUUUGAUGUGCUUUUUUGGGGGGGGGCGGUGGGGUGGGUGGGUGGGUGGGUGGGGGGCGGAUGGGUAUACUUUUCCCCCAGGAAUGGAUCUUGACAUUUUAUUGUUCCUUGUUUUGUAAAAGAUAACUAUAUAACUGUAAUGUUAAAGGAAACAAAAAAAAAACA